GUUUGAUCCAUUGACAAUGAAAAUACCUAAUAAUGUACUUGGGAAAUGGGACUGGGAGGAGUUGUAGUUGUUUGUGUAAAUGCAAGGUACCGACUACUGAGUGCCCACAAAAUUUAUAUGUCAAUGAGAGAAAAUGUUGCAGAGACUGACUAAUGGGGUCAACAUUUACAUCUUUUAUUUUCGAAAGAGCAAGAAUACCAAAGGGAAAAAAUAGAACAAAAUAGCAAUUGCAUUAAAUUAAAGUUAUAGCUGCAAGGCAAUGGUAGUUAUUGAGGGAUGUGAACUUCUUUAUAUCAGCAGUUAAUGAGACUGACUACUAUGGUUGUGGUUGUUGACAUUAACUUUUCUCCAGUUCUUCCAACUUAAAUGAGCAUCAGAUGCAAAGCUGUUAAUAUGAGCUCUCAACAACCCAAACUUCUCUUCUGGUUUUUGUUGGUUGAAUUACGAAAGUAAAUGGCAAUUCUUGAAAUGGGGUUGUUCAAGUUUCUUAAACAAAGUGUUUGUGUUGCAGUGAUGGUAGUUGGUGCUCUCAACUUUUCUGAGUCCGCAGUUUACGUUCAUUUUGAUCAAACUCCCCUAGCUUGGUCAAGGUUCUCUACUGCUCUUUUUCGGUACUCAAUUGAAAGGCCGGAUGGUUCUAAUGCUUGCCGGAACAAUAGUUGUUCUAUUUACUGUGAGCUAGAUGGCCAGAGAUUGAGACCAUGCCAUAUCGAUACCAUAGUACUGAAAAACUUAACUGCAAAUCAUGAGCACAACUUCCUUCUCAAUGUCACAACCUGUAAUGGAGACAAAAACUCUUCAGCUUAUUCAUGGUUUAUUGAUACAAUCCCACCAACAGCAAUUAUUUCAAGUGAACAGAAUUACACGAGUGCGGAAAAAAUUACAAUUGACAUUACAUUCUCUGAAGCUUGCACAGGACACUGUGCUGUUAUUGUUGAUGGUCCAGCUCAUGUCCAAGCAUCCUCGCUAAGCAUCAUCAAACCUGACAUCAAAUACAGCCUCCUAUUAGUUCUAUCCCUGAAACGUAUAUAUGGGCGUGUUGUGGUUAGAAUGGCUGAUGAUUUUUGUAAGGAUCGGGCAGGAAACAAUUUUACAAGGAGCAAUGCUUCCACCACAAUCAUUCACUUUGAUAGAAGACCUGUGCUGGUUGAUCUUUGGUCAUCUGUUCCAUCAUAUAAGUUGACAAUCAACGGGGUCCCCAGAACUGUUUUUGCAACUAACAUAAGAGAGCAAUUGGAAUUGUACUUGGAUUUCAGCAUUCCAGUCAUAAAUUCAACAGAGCAGAUCCUAACUGCAUUAGAUGUGAAUUCUGGUAGUCUAAUACCUGUUCACGAGAGAACUCUUGGAAAUCGCCGAUUUCUUUUUAGUCUCAAGAAUAUUGCAUCAGAAACAGAAAUCAUCACAGUCAAACUACAAGCUGGCUUAUUGAUUGGCAGAACAGGCACUCCUGUCUCACCUGUUGCCUCACUCACAUUCCUCUAUGAUUGCAAGAAGCCGGGAGUAGGGCUUAGUACCAGCUCACACAAUGUUACCAAGGAGUCCUAUAUCGAUGUAAUAGUUGAGUUCACAAAGCCAGUUUUUGGUUUUGAAGCCUCCAUGAUAAAAGUGAAUGGAGGGAGACUCAUAAGGCAGGUUUAAAGAACUUUCAAGAGCUCUUUACUCUUUGACUGCCCUGGCUGUAACUAAUAAUAUGGUGUCAAUUACUAUUCCUGAGGGGAAAGUCAAUGAUAUUUCAGGAAAUAUGAAUGUGGCAUCCAAUAGACUUGAAAUAAUUCACUGUAAGAAUAAUUACUUUUCCCUUUCCUUUUUAACUACUGUAGUUUUAUCAUAAUCCGUGCAUUGGCAGAUUUUAUUUUUCAGAAUAGGCAAAUCCACAGGUUAAUAUGUGGAAUUUUCCAUGGUAGAAGAAUAGUUUAUUAUCAAGUGACAAUAGUAUAUUGUAUGGCAUGACUACUGUUUCUCAAAUUCUGGUUUUUUUAUGUACAUAGAUUCAACACCUGAAAUAUCAACAGCACUACACUCAUUUGUGACUG